AUGACGCAAGCCAACAUCUACGUCGUGCGCGACGGGAAGGAAGUGCAGGUACCUGUCCCAAGCGUCGUCUCAGGCGACAUCGUCGUCCUGGGAACUGGCGACGUGGUGCCGGCGGACCUGCGGCUCUUCGAGGCGAAGGACUUCAAGGUCAGCGAGAUGGCGCUGACAGGCGAGCCUGAUGACGUGGCCAAGACCUCGAAAGUGAAGGAGAAGAAGGAUGGGCAACCCGAGAAGCUCACCCCUGAGACCAUGGCUUUCUCUGGCUGCAGCAUCACCAGCGGCCUCGGCCGUGGCCUGGUCACGGACACCGGCAUGAACACCCGCAUCGGCCGCAUUGCCAAGCUGAUCGCCGGCGAGGACGGUGGACAGAAGACCACCUGCUUCUGCUUCCCGGACACUUCUGGCAGCCAAACGCCCCUGCAGCAGAACCUGAACAAGCUAGGCGCUCGUAUCGGUGUCCUCGCCAUCGUCGUUUGCGUGUCUUGUCCAGCCAUCGGAAAUGUCAUGUGGCAGUCGCCUGGGUGCCGGGUACUAUCUUAG